CAAAAUAUUCGACCCAACACUUACACGAAAACAAACCCUUUGCCUCAAAAUCGAAUCGAAUCCUCUUUCUAUCUCUUCUUCUUCGUCUUCUUCCUCUCGAACCUUCAUUCCUUCGUCUUCUUCCUCUUGACACCUCUCUCUAUCUCUUAUUAUUUGUCUUAAUCAAUUCCUAAAUCCUAAACAAUCUCUUAUUCUUUGCCUUCAUUGUUUCCUAAACGAUCUCUCUUCUCUCUUUGUCGAUCUCUCUGCAUCGAUCUCUCUCAAUGGCUCCUCGCCAAAACCGCUAUAACCCAGUCACCGCCAAUAACCACGACUCGGGUCAUGCCAUACCACCAGGAACUAUUAGAUAUAGAAGCUCUUCAGAUCCUCACUCGCCAUUAGGAGCUGUUGGAUCUACAAGUGGUCCUGCCAAAACACCAAGCGCUGCAUCUUCAGGUGCUAAUAACUACAACCGCAUGACCCUAGAAGCAUUAAUGAAUGCUCCCUCCAGAAAGCUUCAGCCACACCUCCAUCCAAGAAAACUCAAUGGCGCUUUAUACCCCUCUAUCCACAAAUUCAUCCAAACAACAUGGAAAACCUACUACAUGGGACCAUGGAGUAACUGGAAAUUUGUUCAUGACGAGAGGAAAGAGAAGUGGUGGCAGACUUUUGUGCAAAACUACUACUGGGAGGAUCAAUUUCAAGCCAAGUCUACGGUGGUCUUUGGAAAACCAUCCCGUAAAAGGAGCAAGUCAGCGGCUUCAUCUCACAUGACACGCCAUGGUGAGAAAUGGAUACACAAGCAUUGUGCAGGUCCUCAAAUUUUUUUGAAGAUCGAAUAUGACAUGAUGGUGGAGCCUGCUCUUCAUGAACCACCACCUUACACUGAUCUUGUGCGUAAGACACACACGCGAUCAGAUAGAAGUUCCGUUGAUGGUCGAUCAGAAACUCUUGUCCUUGAAGUAGAGGAAGCCGUGGCAGAGAUGACAGCUGAUGAUGGUUCUUCUAAUUCUUACAGCCAAGACACCCCAACAACUGCAACAUCUGCAGCUCCUACUCACAUUCUCCUUAACCAAGAAUUUCUCAAGCUUCGGGAUUUCACUCCGACCAAGUCAGUCCAUGCAUCUCAUAGACACCCCAUCGACAUGGUCAUGCAUAUCUCCGGUUUGGAGGCUAAUUCAAAAGCUGUAAACAGCAAAGUUGAAACUCUCAAGGAAGAUGUGGUGGCGAUGAGGGGUGCAAUCAAGGAAGAGUUGGCCACGGUCAAGAAUGAAAUGGUGGCUGUACUAAAUGCAUUCAUACAAAAGGUUGGUACCACUCCGCUUUCUACUACUACAGUUGAUGCCUCUUUGCCUGUUACUGCUGCUGCUGCCUCUACAAAUCCUGCUAAAACCACAAACCCAACUCAAGAACACUCUACACUAGAACAUUUAUGUGCUGUUAGGAGAUUAGUUUUCGAAAGUGAUAGUUAA